UCUCUCUCUCUCUGUCUUCCAUCUUCACCUGCGUUAACGUUGGAGAUUCAAGUUACCAGAUUCAACGUUGAACUUCAACAUGAGUGUAGUGGGCAUCCUCAAAUUUGCGCUGAAAUUCCUUGACGUUCUUGCAUGGCCUCUCUUUGCUUUGGGGUAUCCUCUAUGUGCUUCGAUCCGGGCAAUUGAAACCAAUUCAAAUUGGGAGACUCAGAAGUUGGUCACAUAUUGGAUUUCCUUCUCGUUGGUUUCACUCUUUGAGCAUUCUUUCUUGAACCUCCUUCAAUGGAUACAGUUCUGGCCUCAUAUUAAGUUAAUGAUCAUCUGCAUGCUGGUUAUACCUUACUUUGAUGGUUCUUUUUACGUCUAUAAUCACCUUGUUCGUCCGUACCUCUCUAUCAACCCCCAAGUUAUUGUUGAUGCAUUCAAUAAGUUGAUGGUGCUCUUACACAAGAGAGAUCACUUUCUAGCUGAGGCAGAGAAAUAUAUCAAAGAGAAUGGACCUGAAGCUCUCGAGAAACUCAUUGCUAACGAGCUGAAGACCAGAAAGCCUAACGUUGACGUGGAAGAGAUCAAAGCUAUUGAAGCAACAGAGAAGAAAGAAGUGGAGCGGUCACACAGCAAAGUACCUGAUACUGUGCAGAAAGAUAAUGAAGCAUUGAUAGUAAUAGAGAAGAAGGAAGUGCCUGAAGCCAAAGGGCAGAUGGUUGUAGCAGAGCCUAGCCUCCAUCAGACUCAUAACAAAACAUCAACCACUAUAGAGAUUAAAGGACCAGAUGUGGCAGUUGCGGCAGCCAUAGAACUUCCUGAUAUACACAUGUCUAAGGAUGUCCAGAAAGAGUGGACUUGUGCUAUAUGUGAGUUUACCACUAAAAGCGAAAUAACCUUGAAUAUACACCUUGAAACGAAGAAACACAAGGCUAAUUUUGAGGCUUUGAAAGCAAAGAACCAGCCAAACAUUGCCCCAGCUUCAACUGCAAAGAAAACUUGUCAGCCAAUUGAGAAGCCACAAAAGAUAGAAUCCACCAAUGGAUUGAAAGGAAGCACUAUUACAAAUCAUGAGGAAAAAGAACACGGCCAGCCGAAGAGUGUCUCGUCUUCAACUGCAAGGGAAUCUGAUCAGCCCACAAAAGUGGUGCCACAUCUGGUUGUAGCAGAGCCUAGCCUCCAUCAGACUGAUAACAAAACAUCAACCACUAUGGAGAUUAAAGGACCAGAUGUAGCAGUUGCAGCAGCCGUAGAACUUCCUGAUAUACACAUGUCUAAGGAAGUCCAGAAAGAGUGGACUUGUGCUAUAUGUCAGCUUACCACUAACAGCGAAAAAACGUUGAAUAUACAUCUUGAAGGGAAGAAACACAAGGCUAAUUUUGAGGCUUUGAAAGCAAAGAGCCAGCCAAACAUUGCCCCUGCUUCAACUGCAAAGAAAACUUGUCUGCCAACUGAGAAGUCACAAAAGAUAGAAUCUACCGAUGGAUUGAAAGGAAGCACUAUUACAAAUCAUGAAGGAAAAGAACAAGGCCAGCCAAAGAGUGUCUCGUCUUCAACUGCAAGGGAAUCCGAUCAACCCACAAAAGUGGUGCCACAUCUGGUUGUAGCAGAGCCUAGCCUCCAUCAGAUUGAUAACAAAACACCAACUACCAUAGAGAUUAAAGGACCAAAUGUGGCAGUUGCAGCAGCCAUAGAACUUCCUGAUAUACACAUGUCUAAGGAAGUCCAAAAAGAGUGGACUUGUGCUAUAUGUCAGUUUACCACUAAAAGCGAAAAAACCUUGAAUAUACAUCUUGAAGGGAAGAAACACAAGGCCAAUUUUGAGGCUUUGAAAGCAAAGAACCAGCCAAACAUUGCCCCAGCUUCAACUGCAAAGAAAAAUUGUCAGCCAACUGAGAAGCCACAAAAGAUAGAAUCCACCAAUGGAUUGAAAGGAAGCACUAUUACAAACCAUGAGGGAAAAAAACAAGGCCAGCCAAAGAGUGUCUCGUCUUCAACUGCAAAGGAAUCUGAUCUGCCCGCAAAAGUGGUGCCAGAAAAGAAUGCGAAGAAUGAAGCUAUUGAUGUGAAGAAUUCCACUUUCAGGUGCAACAUCUGUAAUAUAAGCUGCACUGCAGAGGUCAACUUUGCUUCUCACCUUAAUGGGAAAAAACACUUGGCUCGGGUUAAAGUUACUAAUGGAUGUGGUGAUGGUAGGGCAGCCUGAGCCAUGUUGGUGAUUCAUUUCACCUGAUAGAGAAAAGCCAUUGUGGUUGUUGCAGUAAAUAUGAUGAACAUAAAGGCACCGGAUUGAAAAUCUAUGGUGUGUUUGUUUUAUUCUUGAAUUUUAGGUGAUUGCACCAGCUAAAGUUGAAACAUAGCUGAUAAACUUCAUUUUGGAGUAUAUUGAAUUGAAAAUAUACGGAAUAUAUUUUCCAUAUAUUUCAUAAUUACGUUGAUA